AUGAGGCCUGCAAGCAACUCCACAGCUGGUGCUGGAUUCUGGCACUGGAAGUCUCCCAUGCUUUACCUCUUUGGUGGGCUAGCACUCAUGCUGGGAAUCAUCACUGUUGCUUUGAUAAUCCUUGCCUGCUCCUACAGGAAGUCUUCCAAUUCAGGGACACAGGUAGCUGAACGGAAACCAGUCGAGCAAUUAGACGACUGUGAGCCAAAGAUAGUUGUGAUCAUGGCUGGAGAUGAGAAUCCCACUUAUUUAGCUAAGCCUAAGCCUGUUUCUUGCAUUUGCCACAAUGAAGAACAAGUUUAA